CCGCUCUGACGCACCGGGGCGGACCGGAAGUCCUCCGCCGGAAGUUUGUCGCCUGUCGCGGGGAGAACGCGGAAGCGUAGCGAGAUGGGGUGCGAUGGCGGCACAAUUCCUAAGCGGCACGAGCUGGUUAAGGGGCCUCGCAAAGCUGUCAAGGUUGACAAAACUGCUGAAUUGGUGGCAAGAUGGUACUACUGCACUCUGAGUCAAGAGAAGUUAUGUCGGCCCAUUGUAGCCUGUGAGCUAGGCAGGUUGUACAAUAAAGAUGCUGUCAUUGAAUUUCUGUUGGACAAGUCAGCUGAUAAAACUCCUGUGGAAGCUGCAUCGCAUAUCAAGAGCAUGAAGAAUGUAACAGAACUAAACCUUGCAGAUAAUCCAGCUUGGAGUGGUGAUAAGGAAAGUAAAAAAGGUGACACGUAUGAUGACAUCCAGUCUGCACGCUUUAUUUGCCCUGUGGUGGGGUUGGAAAUGAAUGGAAGGCAUAGGUUUUGCUUCCUGAGAAACUGUGGCUGUGUGUUCUCUGAACGUGCUCUCAAAGAAAUCAAAACUGAAGUUUGUCACAAGUGUGGUGUUCCCUUUCAAGAGGAAGAUGUGAUUAUCCUUAAUGGUAAUAAAGAAGAUGUGGAAGUACUGAAGAAAAGAAUGGAGGAUAGAAGACUCAGAAGUAAAUUAGAAAAGAAGUCAAAGAAAUGUAAGUCAGCAGAAUCAACUGCCCAGCAAGUCACCGCUGAAGAUUCUCCAGGCCCAUCUAAAGUUAAGAACAGAAAGGACUGUAUCGGCUCCAGUUCCGGGGAGAAGAGGCACAUUAUCUUCACCAAAAGUUCAGCAGACGAUGGAAGUUCAUCUGUCCCAGCAAAAGUCCAUAAGGCUUCUACUGCCACUAAGAGAUCCAUUGCAGACAGCGAGGAGAAAUCUGAGGCAUACAAAUCUAUUUUUACAACACACAGCUCAGCAAAACGUCCCAAGGAAGAGUGUUCCAAUUGGGUUACUCACACAGCAUACUGCUUCUGAAACAAUGUUGAGCCUGAUUGUAACGUUCACCACCGCUUUCCUUCCCCGAGGCUUUUUCUGCACAGCUGUAAUGCAGAACAUUUGUUGUAAUCUGAUGUUAUCUGGAAUUCAGUCUGCAAGUUGUUUGUAAACUAACAAAUAGCUAAUGAACUUGUGUUAGUUGCAACUUCUAUUAAAUAAAAAACAGAUAGCCAGAAUCCA